GAGAACUCCGGAGGAACGCCAGAGCUGAGCAGCACCGAGGACAGCGCCUGGCAGCGCCUGCGCCCUGCUCUUCCUCCAGCAGCCCAGGAUUUCUUCUUUACUCACACACACACACACACACACACACACACACACACACACACACACACACACACACACACACACACACACCCUGAGGUUCUCACCCCACUUUCGCCCUGACAUACUCACAGACACAUAUUCCACGCAGACACACGCUCCGCUAUACAAUGGCAGAAUCCCACCUGCAGUCAUCCCUGAUCACAGCCUCAGAGUUCUUUGAGAUCUGGCUUCAUUUCGACGCUGACGGAAGUGGUUACCUGGAAGGAAAAGAGCUUCAGAACUUGAUUCAGGAGCUCCAGCAAGCGCGGAAGAAGGCUGGAUUGGAGUUAUCACCUGAGAUGAAAACUUUUGUGGAUCAGUAUGGGCAAAAAGAUGAUGGAAAAAUAGGAAUUGUAGAGUUGGCUCAUAUAUUACCCACAGAAGAGAACUUCCUGCUGCUCUUUCGUUGCCAACAGCUGAAGUCCUGUGAGGAAUUCAUGAAGACAUGGAGAAAAUAUGAUACUGAUCACAGUGGCUUCAUAGAAACUGAGGAGCUUAAGAACUUUCUAAAGGACCUGCUGGAAAAAGCAAACAAGACUGUUGAUGAUAAAAAACUAGCUGAGUAUACAGACCUAAUGCUGAAAUUGUUUGACUCAAAUAAUGAUGGGAAGCUGGAAUUAACUGAGAUGGCCAGGUUACUGCCAGUGCAGGAGAAUUUUCUUCUUAAAUUUCAGGGAGUCAAAAUGUGUGGGAAAGAGUUCAAUAAAGCUUUUGAGUUAUAUGAUCAGGAUGGCAAUGGAUACAUAGAUGAAAAUGAACUGGAUGCUUUACUGAAGGAUCUAUGUGAGAAGAAUAAACAGGAUCUGGAUAUUAAUAAUAUUCCAACAUACAAGAAAAGCAUAAUGGCUUUAUCGGAUGGAGGGAAGCUGUACCGAACGGAUCUUGCUCUUAUUCUCUCUGCUGGGGACAACUAGAGUUGAUGCCCAUGACCACUUACUAGCAGUACAUUGUAUCUAAAAAAUAACUGUGCACUAUAAGGGAGUAGGCUGUAUUUUGUUUUGUAUCUGUAAAUUUAACUGCAUAUAGAUAAUUAUCCAGGAUGUGUGGCACACUCUUUUCAGUUUGUUUCUAUACUCUUUGUAAUGUACAUUUUUUGUACAUUUGAAAAGGAGAAUGUCUAUGCUUAGGCCAGUCAAUACACCCAAUUAAAAAAAAAUCUAACAUAUUCUUGCUUCCAUAAAUAUAGUUAGACAAGAUUUCCCUAAAAAUUCCACCAGGAUUAAUCUCUAAAAUCCUAGUCUCUGAUAUGUAAAUGCAUAUUUGUCACUGAAUAGAAGAAUUAUACAUAACAAGCCAAGCAUUCUUAUUUCAGACAAUUGUAAGUCUGCCCCACAAAGUAGUUCUAAGCUGUGUUUCCAAUUAGAAGAAAUGUGCUUUUGCAUCUAAAAUAUCAAUCAAUAGUUAGUUAACUGUGGCUCUAUGACGUUAACAGACUCACUAGGCAAGAUUUAGUCAAUUAAUCAACAACACACCUAUUGCUUGAAUCCACACCAAUCUAUUGGUUCAAGUUGAUUUGAUGACAAGGAAAGGCAGCACCAGACGAUGCAUAAAUCUGUCUUAUUCUACAUUUGUAUUUCCAACGAGUCUACUGUCAAAGAAUAUGACCUUAACCCAUUUUCUAAACUGUUUUCAUGUGUUGCAGACUAUAAUUAUUCUAGUAAAUUGCUGUUUUUAUGUCAUAGUCUAUGUACUAUCUGAUUAAAUUAUAUAUAUCAGGUAUCCUGGUGUUUAGUUUGCAUUCUUCCUGGAUUUUCUUUUAAUGUAGAACUGUUCAUUUCCACCAAGGGUAACUGCUGCCUCUGAAAAUAUUUUUUUUCUAGGUACAACAAGUCUAUUUUUACUACCUAAUUGAAUUUUAAUUUAAAAUUCAUAGCACCCUGAUUGUUGAAUGUUAUAUCAAUAAUUUUGUGUAUUCUGUGAAUUCUAUAUUUCAUAUUGAGAUCAGCAUUCAAAAUAGUUCUAUUUCUAUCUGCGAAUAGUUUCAAAUGAGUUAAAAAGAACAUCUCAAGAGAAAUGCAAUCAUUUAUCUUAUGUAGCAAGGGUGAAAACAUUCUUUUGACCCACAUCCAAGUCGCAGUUUCAUAUAUUUGUAGCUAGAAUAUACUAUACUGGUUAUAGUUGACAUGUUAUGGUUGGCGAUUUCUCAUUUUUUGAUGUGAAGCAGGGAACUAUGAGAGAUGUGUCUCUUUGAAAUUUAUAAAGUUACUGCCAAAGAGUUAAUGGUUCUGGGUCACUUUGAAUGUCCCCAUUCUAUAAAUUCUGCACUGAUUUUCUCAAUUCAUAUAAAUAACAAAAAAGUGAGGUAUCUCUUUCCCCCAAGAAUGAACAGAAAAGAGAUUGCCAAAAAAUACAAUUUCUCAUAUGAUGGCAGUAGUAGACUGGCUUUGCUUCUAAUGUGUAAAUGAAGCACUGACCUUAGGCUGAAUUUAACUACUAAGAAUAAAUAAAAAGGAAAAUAACU